AUGCCUGCAAAGGCAGAUUCUUAUGGCUGGCAGCGCGGACUGACGUCUGAGGCCCAUCAGACUUACAUUCAGGAUGCCCUGGACGCAUACACAAGUGUAGCUGGCCAGCAGUCUCUUCCAAACACUGAUGUCUUGUACAUUGUUCCAACUCAAAACGCCACAGCCAUAUCCUUCUCGCCGACAUACAUGGGCGAUGUGACCACUCGUAGUGGUACGCCAGUCGCUAAAAAGGCAGUGACGUUUGGUCUCGAUGCCUACGUUACUUGGCAUUACAAAGUCCUAAACCAUGAAACCGGACACACAAUGUGCCUACCAGAUCUGUACCCGCUGCCCUCUGGCCCCACGGGAUUAUAUAUCGGCGGCUGGGAUAUGCAGGGCUACAUCAACGGACCAAGCCCUGACUAUUUUGCAUGGAACAAAUGGAGGCUCGGCUGGUUGUCCGAUGACCAGAUCGACUGCCUCACCACUCCGGGUUCUACGACGCACACAAUAUCGCCACUCGAGAGUCCAGGCGGCACCAAGGCUGUCGUUGUCAAGCAUAAUAGCACGGCUACCCUCGUGGCAGAAGUUCGCUCUUCUCAGGGCAUUGACUCGGCAUCGUGUGCGACUGGUGUUUUGCUCUACACUGUAUCAACCGUGACCGCCACUGGGCUCGGCCCCAUUCGUGUAUUGGACGCGAACCCAGGCUCCGGCGGUUGUGCAGGCGACGAGUUGAACGAUGCGCCGUUAAACCUAAACGGCACCAGCUCGUUCGUCGUGCCGGGCUGGAACAUUACCGUUACGGUUAUCGGGCAGGUCGGAGCAACAUACAAUGUCCAAGUGAAUGUCAAAUGA